AUUACAACAAUAUAUUCCUUAGUACAUGAACAGUCUCCCAACACACACCUGGACAAUGUAGAUGCAGGACAGAGUACACUGUACCACUCAUCACUGAGAAAAGGACGAGUGCUCAUUCCUGGAGAAGAGAGCUUGCAAGACCCAUCAAAUAA